AUGCAAGAUGUUCUCGGUCAAAACUUUUAUAAUAUUCAAUUGGAAAUACGUAAAUGGUUUCCUUUUGUUUGUAUCGCAAUUCUUUGUUUAACAGCUUUAAUUCUUUUUUCUUUACAAUUAAUUCAAAAAGGACAUUUUAAAUGGUCUGACAAUAAUAAACAAUCAACUAAAUUAUUCUUAUUACUUCUCUGUAGAGCUAUUUUAUUUAUUGUUUGUGUUCACAUUCCUCUUUUAGAAUUACCUUUAGUUAUGAAAACUGCUUUUCCUGAUAGACGUUCUUCUAAUAAAUUGGAUGUUUCAAAGUCUUUUUUUAAUUUUGAAAAAAAAAAUAUUUUUUAUUUGUUUAAAAGAAUUCCAAAUGAACAAAGAUUUCUUCAAGAAAUUUUAAUUCGAAUUUGGCAAUCUCUUUUAAUUGGAUUGUUUGAGCCUUUAUUGGAUGCCUUCUUUCUGCCCCAAUUUCCUGCAGAAAUUUGUGCUUUCUUUAAUUUACAUGAAGUAAAUAUGUAUAUUAUUUAA